AUGACAUUCGGGCCCCACGAAGGCGAGGUACGGUUUCAGUUGAUCCACUUUUGGGAGGCUUGGAAUGCUCAGACGAAGGUGCUUAUCGGCCUCGAAAUGCUUCUCAUCGAUGAAGAGGAAAAUGUUAUCCAGGGCUUCAUCCUUUAUGGAAGGAUUAAGACUUAUUUGCGUCACAUGAAAGCUGGUGCUACUUACCGACUCAACAAGUUUUUCGGAUCAAAGAGCAAGACUAUUUACCGGGUAGCUGAACCAAGUGUCACUAUUAGCUUCUCAUGGAACUCUGUCCUCUCUGUUCUCGAGGACAGUUCGAUAUGUUUUCCUGAGGAUCGGUUCCGGAUCCAUGGAUACAGAGAAUUUGAAGCUGCCUCCGACUUGAGAGGUGAUCUUUAUGGUUCCAGUGACAGUAUUAUGCUUGAUGAAGCAGAGAUAGUUGCAUCCCGCCGAGUUGAUCUUCAUGUUCAAACACAUGACGAUCCCGUGCUGAAGCUGUACCUCUGGGACAAGGCUGCCUUUGAGUUCUGUGAAAAGUUUAAAGCACCUGAAGGCACUGCACGUGUUAUCUCACAACAAGAAAACAGUGACAUACUGAGAGAAAAAAUCGUCGGCGUCCUAUCUCUAUCUUCUAUGGCGUUUUCACGGGUAUUUCUGGAUAGUGAUGUCCAAGAAACCCGGUUCUACCUCAGUUGGCUGAACUCAAACUUAGAUGUUGCCAACAGAGUUAAUGUAGAGGUGGUCACCAAGCCUGAGACAGCGACCUUGGGGGAACUCUUUUCCUAUAUGAAUCAGGCAUCCGCUAAGGUUGCUUGGUUUGAGUGCACAUCAACUAUUGAUGAUGUUGUGCACGGUUCUGGGUGGUAUUAUAUAGGCUGCGGUGUGUGCCAUACUAAGGCAACCAAAGGGUCUACAACGCUUAUGUGUAAGAAAUGUGGGAAGAGUGAAAUUGUUGGUGUGGCGCAGUACCUGUCGAAGCUCUCUGCUUAUGACCAUAAUGGUCAAGCCGUAUUUGUUGUCCUUGGUGAGGAGUUGACUGGAAAGAAAGCUGCUGAGUUGGUUGAGAGAUAUUACCAGGCCAAUGAUAGUGUGGGAGAGGAUCACAUAGUUCCAGUGCCUUAA